AUGGUGGCUGUGAAGGAGAGGAUAGCUCUGAUUAGAGCUAUUUCUCGGGGAAGCGAACGUAGGAGGAUGUUUUCCGAAAGUGCGCAAAUGCUUAUUGCAUUAAGAAGACGACGGAUAGCUCUUCUUUUGUCCUUGGCAGGGAUUUUGUUGCUCUCGCGUAAGCAGAAUUUAGCCACGGAGAUGGUUCAUGUACGAUCUUGCCGGCGUCUGCUCAGGAGCAACGGCUGGUGGGAGAUGGUUUGGACAACAUAUACCGAUGAACGAUUCAAGAAAACUUUCAGAAUUUCAAAGAAUACAUUCAGUUUCAUUCUGAACCGGAUUCGAAACGACUUGGAACGCCAGACAGUAAACGAAGACCCCAUAUCACCCGAAUGUCGGCUAGGCAUUUGCCUUUAUAGGCUCGGAAGAGGUGAUUAUUACUACACCAUAGCGGAAAUGGCUGGAUUGGGUGUUUCAACUGUACAUGAGAUUGUAACUCAGGUAUGUCAAUCGAUCGUUGAAGACCUUUGGGAGGACUGUGUCAAGAAGCAUAUGCCAUGCACUGAGGAGGACUUUAAAGAUAAGAUGAAGGAAAUGAACGAAAGGUGGCAGUUUCCCUUCUGUUGGGCUGCAAUUGAUGGCUGCCACAUACCUAUUAAAUGUCCACCAGGAGGAGCUGCAUCGUGUAAAGAGUACCACAAUUUCAAGAACUUCUAUUCCGUGGUAUUGAUGGCUAUGGUAGACUCAAAAUAUAGGUUUAUUUGGGGCAGCUGCGGUUUCCCUAGUAACUCCCAUGAUGCUAUCAUUUUCCAGGCAACAGAACUCUGGGAAAAGCUAAACGAACACGAUUUUAUUCCAGACAUUGCACAUAAGGUUGCUGAUGUGAACAUUGGUCCACUCAUUAUUGGGGAUUCAGCAUUCCCAUUCGAACCGUGGCUAUUGAAGCCCUACACAAAUGCAGUACUCACAGAGAAGCAGAGAUACUUUAAUUACAGGUUAAAAGUCGUGCUAGGAUGGUCACAGAAGGAGCAUAUGGGCAACUUAAAGGAAGGUGGAGGGUGCUUUUGAGGAAAAACGAGAGUGAACCUUGUCAAGCCAAAACAACAACCCUUGCUUGCAUGGUUUUGCAUAACAUCUGCAUUGAAAAGGGUGAUACCAUCUGCAGCAAGCUAGAUAUUACUAGCGACCCACUUACAAAUGCGAAGAGAGAUAGUCGCACAUUAAGGGAUGCAUUAGAGAUGACCUGUUGUAGAAAGCUACCAGACUCCAAUUCCCAGGCAACUCAACUCAACUCAGGAGCGCGCUAG